CAGUAUACUAUGUUCCACCUGGGUGUCAGCGGCAAGCCUGCCAUCCUCCAGCUGCAACCUGCUCCUCACCCUCCAUGUUUCCAAUGAUACCAAGCAGGGCAACAGCUUCAGCUUAGUGGAAAUGGAGGAGCCGAGAUUAAAGGACGAGAGAGCAGCAGGGGAAGUGAUGGAAGUGAAGGUGGACGUCGACGCUGAAGAUCUGGAUUGCAGCCGCAGUGACACAAGGCCUCUGAUUCACGACAGGGAUCCCAAAAGAAUCAGUAACAGUCUUAAGGUCAUGUUUGAAGACGUGAUUGCAGAACCUCCCUCGGUGCGUAGCUUUGAUAAAGUGUGGCUAUGGAGUCAUGCCCUGUUUGAGGUAUCCAGACUGUGGUGCUACCGCUUCAUCUCCCUCCUGCUGGCAGUGCCGGUCUCUCUGGCAGCAGGGAUCCUCUUUGCUGUGCUCAGCUGCCUCCACAUCUGGCUGAUCAUGCCCUGUGUACAGCUCCUUCUCAUCAAUAUGCACUGGGUCCAGACUGUGUGGGCCAACACGCUGAACAUUCUAAUCGGUCCCCUCUUCACCAGCAUGGGAAAGUGUUGUGGUCAAAUCAACAUCCUUCUGGCAAAAGAUGAAAACAAAUAGAAGGAUAAACUCUGUGUAAAUGUUUGACGAUAACAGAGAAGCAAGUGGUAAUGGAAUGCAUACUAAUACCUCAUAGGGAAAUUAUGAUCUGUAUCAUAACUCUGUGUGUUUCUCCUCACCCGUCGAGUUGAUUGUUUUGUAAUGAUGCUGAUGUAUAAUGCAUAAAGCUACUAAAUAGACCAGGACCUAAUAAAUGUGAAACAACAAGCAUACCCUGUGGAGAUUUUAGGUGAAUAAUAAUAAAAAAUGCUCAGUGCACAAAUACAAAACACAAAACUAGUGAAAGCAAAUUUGUAUGGAAAAAAUGAUUAAAUUACAAAAUUGUCAACCCAGAAAUUUUGUAUCUGUUGGCAGAAAGAAAUGAACAGGCCUUAAGAGGCCUAAUGGAGCCACUAUACAGUCCUCUGGAUGGAUUGGUGAGGUUUUUGAAAAAUGCUAUAAUGAGGUUGCUAUGUAAAAAAUAGCAUUGCAAAUAUAUCAAAUAAACAACCUUCAACAAGU